UGAAAAAUUAAAUCAAUAUGGCGACAACAACAUUCUGUGCAUACGCAUGUCUGAAGUUUUUUCCAUAUUAUUAGUGAUUCUUUGUGAAAAUUUGCUGCUGAUCCGCGUUGAGUCGAGUUUUUAUUCCUCCGCCGUGAAGUGUAAAAUUAUCCGAAGAAUUUUUGGCGAGUUGAGCUUCUAGCUCCUCCCCUACCCAAUUCUCUAUCGAGUUAACAACAUGCCCAGACGGUGUGAAUUUGGCUGUCCAUCACCUUACGAAUCGGGUGUCACUAUUCAUAGAUUUCCUCACAUGAGAAAGAAUCCAGAACUUUUCAAGGUUUGGGUGCAUGCAGUGGGAGGAAAAUUGGAGAAACAGGAAGAUUAUGAAUAUUACCAAAGAAAAGUUAUAUGUGAUAGGCAUUUUAAAGAGCAAGACAAAAACCGCAACAAUCGUCUGAACUCUAUGGCAGUACCAUCACUCCAUCUACCAGAUGACAUAAAUCUGCCAGGUGCACUUGCUGUUACGCCUGAUGUUCCAUCUGCGUCUCUGUUGUUAGAGCAAGUCACUUCUUCAUCUUCAAUAAAUCAACAUCAUAUGGAAGAUGACAUAAAUCUGCCAGGUGCACUUGCUGUUACGCCUGAUGUUCCAUCUGCGUCUCUGUUGUUAGAGCAAGUCACUCCGUCCUCUUCUAUUAAACAACAUCAAUUAAAAGGUAUAAUAUUAUUGUUUAAUAACUGUUUUAAACUCCUUUUAUAGGAAAUAGGUUUAUUUAUGACUAGCGGACGCCCGCGACUUCGUCCGCUUGGAAUUUACUUUUUCAUAAAUCCCUCGGGAUCCAUGGAAUUUUUUGAGAUAUAAAGUAGCCUAUGUGUUAAUCCAGACUAUAACCUAUCUCUAGUUAAAAUUUCAAGCGAUUCGGUUCAGUAGCCGAGGCGUGAAAGAGUAACAAACACUCAUAUAUAUACUAUCAAAAUCAUAAAGUUUUCGUAAAUCUCGUGAAUCCAAGGAUUUUUUCGGAAUUAAAAGUAGCCUAUGUGUUAAUCCAGAGUAAAAUCUAUUUCCAUUCAACAAACAUCCAUAUAAACUUUCGUGUUUAUAAUAUUAGUAGGAAGUAGGAUUAUAAUUAUGCUUGUUGAAGAGCGAGCAAUCACAUAAAGGUUGUAUUAGUUCUUGUACAUCUAUUUUGAGUCACAGUGAUGAUAAUAAAGUUAUUGUAUUGCUCUAAUUUGAUUUUUUGACCAAUAAGUACAUAAUAAUUAACAAUACAGUACAUGGCAACCUUAGUGAUUUUAAUAAAUCUGAAUUCACUAUAUAUAUACAAUAAAAUAUUUUAAAUAGAUUUUGAAAUUUUAUAAUCUUAUUUAUUUUGCAAAUAUCCGGACAAUCUUUGUUAACAUUGACCUUAUUUACCCAAAUGCAUCAUAAAAAUCAUUAAAUUCAAACCAAGACAUCAUCCUCAUUGUGAUUGAUCAAUUAUAUUUAAAUGUUUAUAUGAGUUUUUGAUGAUUUUUAGCUUUAUUAGUAUUAAAACAUAAGUAUUACUACUAAGAUGAUAAAUAAUCAAUUAUAGUGAUUUGCAGCACAGCUAUUAAUAAUAAUUUAUCAAAAUUUAUAAAACCAAAUGGUUUUACUUGGAUAAAUUAUUAAAAGCUGUGUGUGCUAAUUUAGUAGCCUUAUUAUCAUCCAAAAAAUUGUGUUUAUAUUGAUUUUCAUUUUCUUUUUUCAGAAAAGUUUGCUGCUAACAUAGCAUCAGAACACAACUACAUUAAACGUAAUAACACAUAUUUUGAUGUAAAAAGCAAGUUCAGCUUAAAGUUAUUGAACUUUUUAGUAGUUGUAGAGUCUGGGGAAGUACCACCACCAAUCAGCAUUGCUGUUUCCCUCUAAAGAGUUUGGUUGCUAGUACCUUUGCCUCACAUUGAUAUAUCUGAAUACACCUUAACACUUUUUAGGGCAUAUUCCUUGCAUGCCCUGUAUAUGUUGCUCUGUUUAUAAACCGCGCAGCGUCAGCUAGUUAUUAAUAAAUUGGAUGACACAAAUUAAAUUUUGUCAGAGUAUUAACUCCAUAAAAUUUUUACUCUAGUCCUCCCUGUUUUAACAGGUUAUUAAUGUAAUAUUCUGAUUAUUUCAAAGAUUUUUUUCAAAUUCACUAUGUUUUUUUUUCACAUUAUUAUCAAAGCGCUUAUUUGUAUACUAUGUUUUUAAAACCUUGGGAUACCUUUUUCUAUAUCAUUCUGAAAAAUAAAAAAAAAACAUGCCAAUCAACUUGAGAACCUCCUCUUUUUUGAAAUCGGUUAAAAAUGCAGUCCAUUAGUCUCACUAAAAUUUAACAUUUCCAGGGAAGAGAGUGUGCAAGAAAGUUACUUCUUCAGUCAUUACCAGUCAACUAGGAGUCUCAAGAACACAAAUCAAAUUAUUAAAAAAUGAAAUUAAAAUAUUGCAAAACAGAUGUAAUCGCUUUAAGGCAAGAUUGGCAGGUGCAGAAAAAAUCGGCAGAAACAAUUUUUUUAGAAUUUUGACGCAAAAUAUGACAGGAGCUGCUAAAAUUUUUACAGGAAUGCAAUAUAAAAAGACACCGAAGAAACCAAAUGGACGUCGAUUCACCUUAAAAGAAAAGGUCUUAUCCCUAUCGAUAUAUAAAAGAAGUCCUAAAAACUACAACCUGCUAUCGAAAUUCUUCACUUUACCAUCGCCUAGAACGCUAAAGAGCCUACUGACACAGUUAAAAUUAGAAGAAGGUCUCAACAAAACUGUGUUUUUAAAAAUUAAAGAAACUGUUAAAGAGUUGAGUCCAGAGGAUCGCUUGGUAACAUUAAUGUUUGACGAAAUGGCAAUAAUGCCUCACAUUGAAUACAAUGUUUCCAAGGAUAAGUUGCAGGGUUUUGCCUUUAAUUCAAAAACUUUUGCUGACCAUGUGCUAGUUUUUAUGGUUAAAGGCAUAAAGAAAAAUUUUAAACAGCCAGUGGCUUAUUAUUUUACUAGUUGUUUAAAUAAAUAUAAACUAGAAGAAUUGAUAAAAAAAAGUUAUGAAAUAUGUUCAAGGGACUGGGCUCAACAUAAUAGCCACAGUAUGUGACCAAAAUACGAUUAAUGUUGGUGCUAUAAAUGCCUUAAUAAAUAACACAAAGGAAAAAUAUAUCAGGGAAAAUAAAGAAUGGAGAGAUGAUUUUAUUCAAAUUGGAAAUAAUAAAAUUUUUCCAUUAUAUGACAUUCCACAUAUAAUUAAAGGAAUAAGAAAUAAUAUUCUGACCAAAGAUUUAAAAUAUUUUGAUGUUGACCGUAAAGAAGAAAAGAUUAUAAAAUGGGAUUACUAUAAACAAGUUUAUGAAGCUGAUAAAUCCUACGGAGAAUUAAAACUUCUACAAAAAUUGACAGACGAACAUAUAUAUCGAGAAAAAAUUAAAAAAAUGAAGGUUAAAACGGCGGCGCAAAUAUUCAGCCACAGCGUCGCCGUUGUCACGGAACACUUGACCGCUAGAGGUGAUGUACCACAGGAAUGUAGGAAUAUUAUUCCAUUCACGAAAAUGAUAGACAAUUUGUUUGACUCUUUAAACAGCAGCACUUUUCAUGUACCUAAUGGUAAAAUAUAUCGAGGUUGUGUAAAAAGAAACUCACCACACCAUAAAUUAUGGAAUGAUGCCAUUAAAAUGCUCAAAUCUGUUAAAUUUAUAAAAGUUGUAAAAUGCAAUAACAGUAACAAAAUUAGAUUUGUUGAAACAUCCAACGUACCCUCUAUACAAAAUUUAAUCAAAACGAUUGAGGGAAUUAAAAACGUAUGGAAUCUUUUGUCACAUAAAUAUUCAUUUGAUGCUAUGUUCACAAGAAACUUCAAUCAGGACCCACUGGAAAACUUUUUCGGAAACGUGAGAAGUCUUGGAAUUAGAAAUACGGCGCCAGAUACAGUAGCCUUUGAAGGAGCAUACAAAUCAUUAUUGUUAAAUAAUUUUAAUACUAUUCAUUCCUCUCACGCCAAUUGUGAAGGGGAUGAAAAUACGUGCUUACAAAAUAUAGACUUUUUUUUAAAGGAAAAUGUAGCUUCUGUUUCGGAACAAACAGUUAAUGUUCUACCUGAUGAAAAUAUAGACAAUGAUGAAAUUGUUUUACCAGUGAUUAAUUUAAAUGAAGAUAUAGUAGAUGCUGGCCAAGGAAAUUACGUCUGUGGGUGGGUCCUGACAAAGUGUUUAACCAAAGUGGCAAAAUCUUGUAAAGAUUGUAGGGCCGAUGUUAUUGGUGAUCCAAAUCAUACAUCAAAUGAGUAUUUACGGGCAAAAGAAUACAAUAAGAAUAAAACAAAUUUAUGCUACCCUUCUCCAAAUUUAUCCAAAUGUUUUGUACAAAUACAAAAUAUUACACACGAAAUGCUUAAGAGUAGAGUUCCCAAAACUAAUCUUAAAAAAAAAAUCAAGAUAUUUACGGAUAUAUUUGUAGAAUACCCGUUUGCAUGUGUCAAUCAUAAAAAUGAAAUGAAAUUUUUUUUUGAAAACACUGUUAUUAACAUUUUAAUUCACAGUUGGUGUCGCUCUAUUAACAGAAUUUUGACUGGCAAAUCUACAUAUAAUGGUGAUGAUGAAGUGAAAAGUGCUGCUCAAGCGUAUAGAAAUAAGCAUAAGUGUCACAAGUUUUAAAUAAAAUGUUACGUAUAUAAUAAA